UUCCAGGAUCACACGCAGCCAAAUCUGUGAUGACUUGUGAAAGGGUGUCAUGGUCAGUGGCGUCUUGAUGACUGAUUAGGCCAACCGAGGAACGUGGGUGUGUGUUGCUUCCAAGUGUAAUACCAUUUGACCCGAUGAAGGCAUUGACCCCAGCCAUUUCAUCAUAAAGGAAGGAAGGAGAAUUAAUGCCAGAUCAACUGUCCAUCCGUUAGCAGCCAGCCAAUUGCAGGCAAGUUCAUCGACUUGGCAUGCUGCUACUGUUUUAGUAUUAAUGUCAUUUUAAAAGGAGAGACACUAUCUCGUUAUCAUCAUUGGGAAGCCUAGGCUACGGUAGUUAAAAAAAAUACAGUGAUGGCUAGUCAUCUGUUUAUUUUUCCAAGAUUUCAAAGGUUACAGCCAUCGCUUUGCUAAUGUUGAUUCACCAUCAUGUGUUGCCUAAUCUACUAUGCUGCAGCCAUCCUUGUCUUUGCCAUCAUAGCCAGACUGAUUGAAAGGCAUCUAAGGAAACCUUAUGUGGACAAACUAACAGAAAGAUAUGUUCUUAUAACCGGUUGUGAUAGUGGCUUCGGCAAGCUUCUUGUGAAGCAGUUGGAUGUCAAGGGUGUCCACGUCUUUGCUGCAUGCCUGAACGCUAAAGGAGCUGAAGAGAUCGACAAAGAGACGUCUGAACGCACGAAGGCACUGGUUCUAGAUGUUACAAAACAUGAUCAUAUAGAAGCAGCAUUGGAAGAAGUUAAAAGAUCAUUACCCAGCAAUACAGGUCUUUGGGGUUUAGUAAACAAUGCAGGUAUAUCAGUAGCAUGUGGCCUUCAAGAGUGGCACACGAGAGAUGACUAUCAGAGAGUUCUUGAUGUGAACAUCCUGGGACUGAUGGAUAUGACAGUGACAUUCUUACCACUGAUCAGGAAAGCUAAAGGAAGGAUUGUCAACGUGGCUAGUAUGGAAGGAAGAUUUGCUCUACCUAGUGGUGCCUAUGCAGUCUCUAAGUUUGGUGUGGAGGCAUUCUCAGAUUCAGUCAGGAGAGAAGCCAAAAUGUUUCACUAUGGCAUCAACGUAGCUAUUAUAGAACCAGGAUUCUUCAGGACUCUGAUAUCAAGUAAAAACAACUUCACAAAUAAUCUAGACAAGGCCUGGGAAAGACUCAAACCGGAGAGAAAAGAAGAAUACAUCGAAGAGGGCUUCCAAAUGUUACGUCAAAACGUAUGUAACAUGCUCGAUAAUCGGACUUCAACAAAACUUCACCUGGUGAGUGAUGCAAUGGAGCACGCCCUCUUUAGUCAGUGGCCGAAGACAAGAUAUGGAGUCGGCUGGGACGCUAAAUACAUCUGGAUACCACUUUCUUAUGUACCAAAUUUCAUCAGUGACUAUCUGAUUAGUAUGGGCGGAUUUCCUAUCAUUAAGAAGAAUUGAUGACAUUUUGAACAUGGGAGUGUUCCGUAAAGAAGCAUUCUGUCAGUGAUUUUUACUUGCAGAUUUUCUCUUAGCCAAUCAGAUGCAAGGAUAUCAGUAGCUUGUAACAAGUCGUCAGUGAAAAAUCACUGGCUGUUUGUUUCAUGAACCAGUCUUCACAAGAGGGUACUGUGAAUGAAGCUGUCUUCUGCAGUCAUUGUGUGUGGUUUGCAUUCUUCCCCUAUAAACACAACAGUAACGUCACGGUGAGAGAGACAUCGUAAGCAUUCACUACAUCAAGGUGCACUGCAAAAUUGCUGCAUGCUACAAUUUUUCAACAAGCUGUUCAGAUUGACUGUCUUGCCAUGUAGGAGAGCUGUUAUAGACAAACCAUGAAAGGGUUUUGUCUACCUAUAUCCAAGUUUUUUUUUCCAAUUUGCACAUUUUGGAUGUAAUAUUCUUUACCUCCAGUGGCAUAGCUCUAAAGUGAGAAGGCUUGUUAUAUGAUUUUGUUUUACAGUAUUUCAAUUUCCAAAUGUUCUUGAACUAUCAUUUUGAUGAAUGUGUUUUACUAUUUCCUCUAAAUCUGUCUGAGUACAAGAUGUGAAGCUUUUAAAGAAUAAAAGAAUUGUAAGUCACUUUGGUAUUUCCCUGGGAACACUCAUGAUAUCUUGCAUUUUGUUCGUAUAAUACUAAUUUAAACUUGCAGAAGACUAUGUACCAUUCAUGACGUUUUAUGCUAUCACCAGUGAAGUAGAUGAUGUACAAUUUGCUAGAACAAGAAAAUAAGCAGAUACAACAAACAGUAUGUCCCAGUUUUUAGUUCAGAAAAGAUGAAUUUACCCCUAACAAAUACCUAAUAUUUAAAUGUAUUUUCUUGAAGGCCCCUGCAUACUAUUUGUUGAAAUGCCCCACUGAACGUAGCGAAAAUACAAGUGCUUUUGUAAAACAAAAGAGAUAUAAAAUAAGCAAUAAUAAGAGAAUUCAUCAUUAAAAAUAAUUUGAAGGGAUGUUUGCAUUUGAAGUUUUGGCAUUGCUGGCUUUCCGUAGUUGUAUUCAAGUGAUUAUUCACAACUCUUUGUAAGACCAGCUUGCUCCCCGUGACGCAAUUAUGUGAUUGAAAGGCCAAGCUUCCUCUAAGUCAUUUUUUUCUUGGUUGCUAAAUGCAAAUGUGUGAAUUGUGACUGCUAAAAUGGUAUUGAAUGAAUCCAGUCUAGAUGAUAAAUGUAAAUAACCUUGUCUAUUUUGUAAAUUAUAUUUUGAUAAUUGCCAAAUACUGCCGUUCUGUGAAAUACAUGUAUUUGUUUAUAUAUGCCAUAUAUAUAUUUUCUAUUCAGCAUUAUGUAUAUUAAUUCAUACAUGUAUGAGAUGGUACAUGUAUUUCUAAUUUUAUGGACAUAUUAAAGUGAACAAGAAGAUUAUCUUAGAUGACAAACAAUAGUAUCAAAGAUUGAAUUUUAGAAUGUAAUUUCAGAAAAAGGCUUGUUUUAGCUUAUUUAGGAUAAUGAUAGCUCUGUGAGCAAAAAUUAUAUUACAUACUGUGACCUCUUAUAAGUGCUAUGUUAAAGUGUAAUAUUAUUAUUAAAACAAGAGUUCCUGUCAUUUUCAAGGAUAUUUUAACUGAUAGCCACGUUCAUGUAGAUAUUCUUGAGCUAUGUCAUAAUCACAUAAUAAGAAUGUAAUAAUGACCCGCCACCCCAAACCAAGCAUACAUGUAGGUGGCCAGGGAAGAUUCUCUGUAAAUUGCCAAAAUGCUAAUUUGGUCUUUAAAAAGGAAAAAUGAAAAAAUUGGCGUGUCUGAAAGAAUAAUUCUUCCUCUUCUUACAGUCAAAAUUUGAAGUUGUAAACCUGAAAUCUUUCUUUAGCAAAUAGUGACAUGUACUUUGGAGGAGUUUACCAAAACUAAAGAUAGGCUUUGAAUUAAACCCAAAAGAAGGAUUUCUUUGAUAUCCAUUUUUCCUUCACAGCCUAGUUUCAUUGAGAUUGUACAGUCAGACUGGAUGUGAACCCAAAUUCAAACCUUCUUUGAAGCUCCCAUUGAAUUUCUUCUACAUUCAAUCAAGUAAUAGACAAGUUAUAGAUCAUUUGAAAGCUAUAAUGUGUUUUCUGAAGCUCAAUGAAAAUCUCAAAAUUAACAAUUGUUGGUUUCAGGAUGGCAGGUUCAAUUGGUCAACAAAUGAUUGCCUCAUGCCUCAUAUUUGCUUGAUCAUUUCCCAUUAUCACGUAAAGCAAUGCAGGGAAUUUGGUGUGAUAAUUUGAAUAAAAAACCCAACAACAAUGGUAUCAGUCAAGAUGAGUAUCUGAAGAUUAUUAGAUAAUAAGGUCACAUGAUGACAUACUUAUCAUGUUGACGAAAUUAUAUUUUAUAUUGAUAGAUGUACACAUGUUGAACAGUAUGUGAGUCUUGCAAUCAAUUGCUACUUUCAAACAAUGAAUGUGAUUGGUUGAUUCUGGGUCUGUUAUCAAGACAGGCUUGCAAUAGCAAAUUUGAUUGGCCACUGCAGGCUUUGCAAUUUGUUUCUACUCUCUGUGCCAUGGUGGGUUUCUCUCAACAAUAACAAUGAUAGCAGGGAGUGAGUUUUAGUGUUAUGAUUUAUUUGUCUAAUUAACAAACGAUUUCUCAAUAUUUGAAAUAUGAAAAUGUGAGAUGCAAAGAAGAAAAAUCAGGAUAUUUUUCA